GCCUCAGCCUCCGCCGCCGCCACCACAACAGCAGCAUCAGGAGAGGCCGGGAGCAGCCCCCAUCAGCAGCACCGGGGGACAGAGCACAGGAAAGGGACCCCCACAGUCACCCGUGUUUGAAGGUGUUUAUAACAAUUCCAGGAUGCUGCAUUUCCUGACAGCUGUUGUGGGCUCUACUUGUGAUGUAAAGGUGAAAAAUGGCACCACCUAUGAGGGUAUUUUCAAGACUCUGAGCUCAAAGUUUGAACUAGCAGUAGAUGCUGUGCACCGGAAAGCACCUGAGCCAGCAGGUGGCCCUCGUCGGGAGGACAUUGUGGACACCAUGGUGUUUAAGCCAAGUGAUGUCAUGCUUGUCCACUUCCGAAAUGUUGACUUCAAUUAUGCUACUAAAGACAAGUUCACUGAUUCAGCCAUUGCCAUGAACUCAAAGGUGAAUGGGGAGCACAAAGAGAAGGUGCUUCAGCGCUGGGAGGGAGGUGACAGCAACAGCGAUGACUACGACCUUGAGUCUGACAUGUCCAAUGGAUGGGACCCCAAUGAAAUGUUCAAGUUCAAUGAAGAGAACUACGGUGUGAAGACCACCUAUGAUAGCAGUCUCUCUUCUUACACGGUGCCCUUAGAAAAAGACAACUCAGAAGAGUUUCGUCAGCGAGAGCUGCGUGCAGCCCAGUUGGCUCGAGAGAUUGAAUCGAGCCCCCAGUACCGCCUGCGGAUUGCCAUGGAGAAUGACGACGGACGCACCGAAGAGGAGAAGCACAGUGCAGUGCAGCGGCAGGCUUCCGGGCGGGAGAGCCCCAGCUUGGCAUCCAGGGAAGGAAAGUAUAUCCCUUUGCCUCAACGAGUUCGGGAAGGUCCCCGGGGAGGAGUUCGAUGCAGUAGCUCUCGGGGUGGCCGGCCAGGCCUUAGCUCUUUGCCACCUCGUGGCCCUCACCAUCUUGACAAUAGCAGCCCUGGCCCAGGUUCUGAGGCACGUGGUAUCAAUGGAGGCCCUUCCCGCAUGUCCCCUAAAGCACAGCGGCCUGUAAGAGGUGCAAAGACUCUGUCUUCACCCAGUAGUAGGCCUUCUGGAGAAGCUUCUGUUCCACCUCCUCCGGCAGUGGGUCGGAUGUACCCCCCGCGCUCUCCCAAGUCUGCUGUCCCAGCCCCAAUCUCAGCUUCCUGUCCUGAGCCUCCCAUUGGCUCAGCAGUGCCAGCAUCUUCAGUCUCCAUCCCUGUGACAUCAUCAGUCACGGAUCCUGGAGUAGGCUCCAUUUCUCCAGCUUCUCCAAAGAUCUCACUGGCCCCCACAGAUGUAAAAGAACUGCCAACCAAGGAACCUGGGAGAACUCUGGAGCCCCAGGAGCUGGCACGGAUAGCUGGGAAAGUCCCUGGCCUUCAGAAUGAGCAGAAACGAUUUCAACUGGAAGAACUGAGAAAGUUUGGGGCCCAGUUUAAGCUCCAGCCCAGUAGCUCCCCUGAUGCUAGCCUGGAUACUUUUCCUCCUCGGAUCUUAAAGGAGGAGGCCAAAGGGAAGGAGAAGGAUGUUGAUGGCCUAUUAACUUCAGAGCCCAUGGGGUCCCCAGUCUCCUCCAAGACAGAGUCUGCAUCGGAUAAGGAGGACAAACCGACUCUGGCACCAGCAGGAGGCACUGAGGGGCCAGAGCAGCCCACACCGCCCUGCCCAAGCCAAACCGGCAGCCCCCCAGCAGGCCUCAUCAAGGGGGAUGACAAGGACGAGGGCCCUGUUGCCGAACAAGUAAAGAAAUCAACAUUGAACCCCAAUGCCAAGGAGUUCAAUCCCACAAAGCCUCUGCUGUCUGUGAACAAAUCUACCAGUACCCCAACUUCUCCAGGGCCCCGGACUCAUUCAACUCCCUCCAUCCCGGUGCUGACGGCAGGCCAGAGUGGGCUGUAUAGCCCCCAGUACAUCUCCUACAUACCUCAGAUCCACAUGGGACCAGCUGUGCAGGCACCUCAAAUGUAUCCGUAUCCUGUAUCCAGUUCAGUGCCUGGGCAGCAGGGCAAGUACCGGGGAGCAAAAGGCUCCCUGCCCCCCCAGCGCUCGGACCAACACCAGCCAGCCUCAGCCCCUCCAAUGAUGCAGGCCGCGGCCGCUGCUGGCCCACCUCUGGUGGCUGCCACACCUUAUUCUUCCUACAUCCCCUACAAUCCCCAGCAAUUCCCAGGCCAGCCUGCCAUGAUGCAACCUAUGGCCCACUACCCCUCACAGCCUGUGUUUGCCCCCAUGCUUCAAAGCAACCCGCGCAUGCUGACGUCGGGGAGCCACCCCCAGGCCAUCGUGUCAUCCUCCACCCCUCAGUACCCUUCUGCAGAGCAGCCCACUCCCCAAGCCCUGUAUGCCACUGUUCACCAGUCCUAUCCGCACCAUGCCACGCAGCUCCACGCCCACCAGCCGCAGCCGGCCACCACACCUACUGGGAGCCAGCCGCAGUCCCAGCAUGCGGCCCCCAGUCCCGUCCAGCAUCAGGCGGGGCAAGCCCCACACCUGGGCAGUGGACAGCCACAGCAGAACCUGUACCACCCAGGGGCCCUGACCGGCACACCGCCCUCUCUGCCACCGGGACCUUCUGCCCAGUCCCCUCAGAGCAGCUUCCCCCAACCAGCCGCUGUGUAUGCCAUCCAUGCCCACCAGCAGCUGCCCCACGGCUUCACCAACAUGGCCCAUGUUACCCAGGCCCAUGUCCAAACUGGAAUCACAGCAGCCCCACCCCCUCACCCUGGGGCUCCCCACCCGCCCCAGGUGAUGCUGCUGCACCCACCCCAGAGCCAUGGGGGGCCCCCCCAAGGCGCAGUGCCCCAGAGUGGGGUGCCUGCACUCUCAGCUUCCACACCCUCACCCUACCCCUACAUCGGACACCCCCAAGUUCAAUCUCAUCCCUCCCAGCAGCUCCCCUUCCACCCCCCGGGGAACUGAAGAUUGUCCUGGCCGCGACCUGAGACCUCCAUGAGUGGAGGGAAGAGUGAUCUAUGUCUCUUCCCCCAGCAGCUCGGACCAGUCCCAGCCCCCCAAUUCCCCCUUUCCCCUGGGGGAGCUGGGGAAUUCCUGCCAAGCACCUUGAAUGGGAGGGGCCUCAAAGUGGGCAGGGCCAGGGUCCAGCAGGGAUGGGGGGGUUCCUGCUCUGCCCCUGCCCAUUUCCCACCCAAUUUUGCCCUCCCAUCCUCUCAUUUGUUCCCCCGCUGGAGACUGAAGAUCUUUUAUUUUCUAUUAUUUAUAACCUCAGACUUGGGCCCCCUGUUCUUUCUUUCCCAUUAACUUGAAUGACCUGCGUGAGAGACGGACAGACAGAUGCCCCACAAGGAUGGUUGGACAAGGACUUUUACUUUUUAUUACAUAAAAAUGUUAAAAAAAAUAAAAAUAAAAAAAAUAAAAUUUUAAACUAACUUAA